GGCCGGGGGAGGGCUCGGCUUAAGAGGCGGAGCCGGGGCCAGGCGGCUAGUCACUGUGUUCGCGUGCCCGGUGGUUGUCGCUACCUCUUUGGCCGGCGAAGAGUUUCUCUAGGGCGCUGUGCGUCUUCCCGGACGCAAGCCCGCUGUCUUGAUAUCUGCAAAAUGGCUGAUAAUUUGGAUAAAUUUAUUGAAGAGCGAAAAGCCAAACUGGCCAAAGACAAAGCAGAAUUGGAAAGUGAUCCGCCUUACAUGGAAAUGAAGGGAAAGGCAUCAGAGAAGCUUUCUGAAAACAGUAAAAUACUAAUUUCCAUGGCCAAGGAAAACAUACCACCAAAUAGUCAACAGGCCAGGAGUUCCUUAGGAAUUGAUUAUGGAUUAAGUUUACCACUUGGGGAAGAUUAUGAACGGAAGAAACAUAAACUAAAAGAAGAACUGAGGCAAGAUUACAGACGCUAUCUUACUCAGGGUAUCACACAAGCAAAAAGAAAGAAAAAUUUUCUGUCCACGAGUGAAACAGAUCCAUCUACUCUGGGAGUUUCUCUUCCUAUUGGUGAGAGGUUAUCUGCUAAGGAAAGAUUGAAACUUGAACGCAACAAAGAAUAUAAUCAAUUUCUCAGGGGUAAGGAAGAAUCCACUGAAAAGUUCAGACAGGUGGAAAAGAGUAGUACUGAGCACAAGAAUCAAAGAAAUAAAAAACCUAUUAGUCAGGUUAAGCCUGAUUUACCUUCACAAAUACAAACAUCUUUUGAAAAUGCAGAGGGCCCUAGGAGAAAUAUCUUAACUCCUCGGGAGGCAUAUGAAGAGCUUCUAAACCAAAGAAGACUAGAGGAGGACAGAUAUCGACAACUAGAUGAUGAAAUUGAAUUAAGGAAUAGAAGAAUUGUUAAAAAAACUAAUGAAGAAGUGUGCAUUUCCGAUAAAAAACCUCAAAGGUUUGCCAGCAAGUCCGACAUUCCAGAGAGAAGAUUUCCCAGGUUUAAUGAGGAUUGUGUUUUUGAUAGACAGUAUUAUAGACCAGAUCAAGAUCCUGAAGUAAGUGAAGAAAUGGAUGAGAGGUUUAGAUAUGAAGGUGAUUUUGAUAGAAGACUUUUGAGAGUGUAUACAAAUGACAGGAUGUACAGGAACAGACAAGGGAAUGUGCUGCCUAAGGAGUAUGGUGGUGAUGUCGCAGAGCAGUCAAACGUACGCAUUUCAUCUGCUGGAAAUCAAAGUGCUCGAGAAAAUGAACCAUCCAAAUUCACUAACCAAGAGAUCUGUAGUCCUUUUGCAGGGAUGCUCUUUGGAGGUGAAGAUCGAGAACUUAUUCAGAGAAGGAAGGAGAAAUAUAGAUUAGAACUAUUAGAACAAAUGGCGGAACAACAGAGGAACAAGAGACGAGAAAAAGAUAUGGAACUCAGGGUUGCAGCUUCUGGAGCACAAGACCCUGAGAAAUCGCCUGAUAGACUAAAGCAGUUUAGUGUGGCACCAAGACACUUUGAAGAGACGAUACCACCUGAGAGACCCAGAGUAGCUUUUCAGACGCCUCUCCCUCCUCUAUCAGCCCCGUCUGCCCCUCCUGUCCCAUCGGUCCCCUCCAUCCCAUCUCAAAAUGAAGGUCUGCACGAUGGACUCAGCUGCACCCUUGGUGAAAUGGUGCCUCCCAGGGUUGCACCUCUGCCUCCUCCUCCCCUGUUCCCACCUUUGGCUACUAAUUACCGCACUCCUUACGAUGACGCGUACUACUUUUAUGGAGCCAGGAAUACUUUGGAUCCUAGUCUUGCUUAUUAUGGUCCAGGACUGAUAGGGGUGCAGCCUGCAGCGCAUGUUAGCACUCCUGCCGCCCGCCAGCCAGCACAGCCUGUUGCGAAUAUGGUUGGACAGAACGAUCUGAAAAUCACAAGUGAUCGAACAAUAAAUUCAGGAUUAUUUUUUGAAGAUAAACCAAAGCCUUCAAAACAGUCACUUCAGGCUUACCAAGAAGCUUUGCAGCAACAGAUUCGGGAAAGAGAAGAACGAAGGAAGAAAGAACGUGAAGAAAAAGAAGAAUAUGAAGCUAAAUUAGAAGCUGAAAUGAGAAGUUAUAACCCCUGGGGGAAAGGUGGAGGCGGUGCUCCUCUGAGAGACGCACAAGGAAAUCUGAUAACUGAUUUGAAUAGGAUGCACAGACAAAAUAUAGAUGCCUACCAUAACCCAGAUGCAAGGACAUAUGAAGAUAAAAGGGCUGUUGUAUCUCUAGACCAAAAUUUAGCCGCCUCACAUGCUGAGAACUUAGAAGAUUCUACAAAUAAAAACUCAGGUAAUAUGCAAACACAGAGCUCUCCUUUUGCUCGGGGAAAUAUAUUUUGUGAGCCUCCAACUGAACUUCAGAUUAAACAGCAAGAAUUAUACAAGAACUUUCUUCGUUUUCAGAUUGAGGAAAAGAAACAAAGAGAGGAAGCAGAGCGAGAGAGACUGAGGAUUGCAGAAGAAAAAGAAGAAAAACGGCUAGCAGAACAGAGAGCACGAAUUCAGCAAGAGUAUGAAGAGGAACAGGAAAAGAAAAGGGAGAAAGAGGAGGAGCAAAGGCAAAAAAAUGAAGAGCUUAUUCGGUUAGCUGAAGAAAGACGGAAAGAAGCAGAAAGAAAGAAGAAAGAAGAAGAAGAAAAACAUAAUCUUCAGCUUCAGCACUACUAUGCAAGAGAAAAUAUAAUCGGGGAAGAAACAAAACGCUUGAGACAGCCUUCUCCUGUGGUUCCUGCUCUUCAGAACAAGAUUGCAAGCAAACUCCAAAGACCUCCUUCAGUUGACAGCAUUAUAAGUUCCUUUAUUCAGGAAAGUUCCGUGUCCAGGGCACAGUCUCCUCCAGUACCUGCCAGGAGAAAUCAGCUCCGUGCAGAAGAAGAGAAAAAAAAUGUAAUAAUGGAGUUAUCAGAAAUGAGGAAACAGCUUCGCAGUGAAGAGCGGCGUCUACAAGGGCGGUUGCUACACAUAGACAGUGAUGAUGAAGUUCAUAUGAGGAAAAGAGAAAAAAAUCCCAUGGAUGUAUUUGACAUGGCUAGACAUCGGUUGCAAGCUCCUGUCAGAAGACAGUCACCUAAGGGCUUAGAUGCUACUACUUUUCAGAAUAUUCAUGACUUCAAUGAGUUGAAAGACAGAGAUUCAGAAACACGAGUUGAUCUGAAAUUUAUGUAUCCGGAUCCUCCAAGAGAUCACCACAUGUUAGAGAUCCAGCAGCAAGCCCUGCUGAGAGAGCAGCAGAAGAAACUGAAUAGAAUAAAGAUGCAGGAAGGUGCUGAAAUUGACUUGGAUGCUGUCCCAAGUGCUAAAGUACGGUACCCGAGAAUGCUCAGAGAGGACUCUGAUGAUUUUUUGAAAACUUCAUUAUUGGAGUCUGAUAGUGCUUUUAUUGGUGCUUAUGGCGAGACAUACGCUGCCAUUGAAGAUGACCCCCUCCCUCCACAGUCACGGCUGCCUUCUGCGAGGGAGCGCAGGAGGCACAAAGUGAAAGGACUGGACUUUGAUAACAGUCAUCCUGAUGUACCACUAGAUGGUCUCUCUUUAAAAUCUGUGUCCAGUAUAAAUAUUGAUCAGCUUAGAAUGAGAAAUGAAGAACGACUGCGAAGACUGAAUGAACUUCAGAAUAAACCAAUUAAUACAGAUGACGAGAGUUCACUGGUUGACCCGGAUGACCUGAUGAAACACGUGGGGGAUGACGGCUCAAAUUCCGUAGCGACUGAGCCCUGGCUCCGCCCAGGCACCUCAGAAACACUGAAGCGGCUCCUGGCAGGGCGGCCGGGCCAGGAAGAGCAGCAGCAGAAGGGGCUGUCUACUGCCCACGGCUGAAAUAAACCUGUGCUGGACCCAGCAGUGCCUUUUAAGGUGAAAGGGAUGUUAAAUCUGAACCUUUAACAUGUGUUGCUACUUUUGGUCACUACCUGAACGUUACUUCCACAAGUUCCAUCUGUAUAUAAGGUGUAUUUUUCCCAUGAUGAUGUGUAUGAUGUACAGAAAAAGGCCACGAUUAUUAAUUUAUAUAAUGUAGAAUUACAGAGAAUUAUUUUUGCACAAUUCUGCCAUACAUUAGGUGGUAAUGAACUCUUGGAAUCAACUACCAUAUGUGCAUUAUUAAAUUCUCGUAAGAUAAGGUGAAUGAAACCAGUGUUUUAACAGUACUGCAAAAUCUAGACUUGUUUGUACAUUUGCCGUUGUUAUCACUCGUCAAAAUGAUUCACUUAAUAAAUACACUGGUUGUAGUUGUGACUUUCAAUUGCUGGGUAAUGAAUCACAUGUGCUAGUUAUUUCCAUGUCAUUUAUAGCAACUGAUUUUACUCCCAUGAGCCAUACACUAUUUAAAUGCCACCUCUUUCUGCCUCUAUUUUUGUGUGAAUGAAGGCAUUAUAUUUACUAAUUUAUAUGGCUUAACUACUACUUGAUAGAAAUAAAUUAUUUUUAUUACCAA